UGAAGCACAGGAAGUCGAAUCAGAAACAUGUAUCGCAAAGUAUUAUUUGUAACUUUUUUAGACGAAUGAAAUGUUUUUAUUAAUGUCGUUAUGAUUUGAAAGCGAGAUAAAAAUCCAUUUUUUGAACGCUUUAGUGGGCGCUGUGUUUUAAUUCGUUUUUUGCUCGUAAAAAGUGCGUAGUGUGUGUCGUACACGAUCAAAACGCCUAUUCAUGGAGAGACACCCCCGUCUUUAACGUGUAGCAGGAGUCAUGGGAGACGUGUGGAGAGACGUGAUGGCAUUGCUGCCUGCAGCUGAGGCUGAGUUCCCACUUGUGUUCAGUGAACUAGUUGAACCAAGUGUUCUGGCUUUGUUAGAGCUCACCAGGAAGGACCUGUACAGCUCAUCAAUCUCUACUUGUAUUGAAAAAGCCCAGGUUAUUAUUGAUUACUCCUGGGAGAAGCUCAACACAGGCACAUGGCGAGAUGUGGACAAGGAGUGGAGACGUGUUUACUCCUACGGGUGCUUGUUUAAAGCUGUAGGAAUGUGUCAUGGGGAAACAUCACAACUCAGGGUCCAGGAUGCCAUAAGGACGUGUGACAUGGGGUUGUUAAUGGGUGCUUCUGUCAUGGAUAACAUCCUGCAGAGACUGAUAGUGGUUCUGAAAAACAAAGUAAGGAUUGAUAGCCAAGAUGAGAGCGAACCUGAGCCAUGUCUAAAGAAACUUAGGAAAGAGGUUAUCCCGAAGCCCAUCGUCAACCCUAGACUGUCAGUACAGAGAGUCAGAUGCCCGGCUCUGGAAAGUUUCCGAUCAGAAUUUCUGGUGCCUAAAAUGCCAGUUAUACUAGAGGGAAUCAUCGACCACUGGCCUGCCUUGAGGGAGCACGCAUGGAGUGUAGAGUACCUGCGAGCGGUAGCAGGCUGUCGGACUGUCCCUGUCGAGCUGGGAUCCAGGUACACUGAUGAGGACUGGUCACAGAAGCUCCUCACAGUCAACGAGUUCAUUGACCGCUACAUUAUCAGACAAGGGGAGGCUGCUACAGGAUACUUGGCACAGCAUCAGCUUUUUGAUCAGGUGCCAGAGCUGAAAGAAGACAUCCGUAUCCCUGACUACUGUUGCCUUGGAGAGGGAGAUGAAGACAACAUCACGAUUAAUGCUUGGUUUGGGCCAGGGGGAACCAUCUCUCCUCUGCAUCAGGAUCCCGAGCUAAACUUUCUGGCUCAGGUGGUUGGAAGAAAAUACAUUCGUCUGUAUAGUCCUGAAGAAACGGAUAAUGUCUAUCCAUAUCAGUCAGAGCUUUUGCACAACACCAGUCAGGUGGACGUUGAAAAUCCAGAUGUGGUCCAGUUCCCAGACUUCCUCAAGGCCUCCUAUCAGGAGUGUGUGCUUGAGCCUGGCGAAGUCCUGUUCAUUCCCAAGCAGCACUGGCAUUAUGUGCGCUCGUUAGAGCUAAGCUUCUCAGUUAGCUUUUGGUGGUCAUGAUAUCAGCCCUCCAUAGACAUUUAGAGACAUGGUGGCGUAGUGGUUAGCACUGUGGCCUCGCACCUCCAGGUUUGAGGGAUUGAUUCCUAACUCAGGUCUGUGUGCAUAGAGUUUGCAUGGUCCUCCCAUGCCAAGUGGGUUUCCUCCCACAAUUCAAAUACAUACAGGCUAAUUGGCAUUCCCUAAUUGUGUGCAUGUGUGGAACUGGAGCCCUGUCCAGGGUUUACCCGCCUCAUGCAUGAAGUGUCCUGGAAUUUGCUCCAGGCUUCCUGCUUGUCUCCUGUACAGGACAAGCAGUGUUAAGAAUUAAAUAAUAUAUAUACAUUUAGUCAUCUCGGCAAUGUUAAAAUUUUCUGAAAUAUUUUCCAGGCAUUUAAAUGAGUAACUACUUGACAAGUUUUAAAGUAUUAUAAAAUAGUGUUCAAAGCUCUUCUAAGUGUAAUGUUAGAAAAAUCUCAAACACUUAAUUUAUAAAAUACGAGAUCAAUUAUAAAACAUUUAGUUCAUAAAUAUAUUACCUAUAGUCUUUCAUUAAAGUCUGUUUUAUGCUAAAUUUGUUUAGGUGUUUGUGAUUUUUGCAGCAUUGGGUCAGCCACAAAUUUUUUUGUUUCCAAAUGUUACUUUUUCCAACCAAGUUGUUACAAAAACAUUCAGUAAGUCUGCUUAUCAGUUUGAGUCUUUAGACUGCAGUGUGUUUUAUUGAAUGAUGUUUCCUGUAAUUAAUAGAUUGUGUUUUUGUGCCCAAAAAUUUUGACCAGUGUACACCAUCCGAACAUAUUUACGAUUUAGCUCUACUUUGCUGUUAUGAAAGGCUUCACUCCUCUGGGAGGGCUUUCCACCAGAUGUAGGAGCUUGUCUGUAAGGAUUUGUGCUUAUUCAGCUACAAGAGCAUUAGCAAGAUGAGGUACUGAUGUCAGGAUGUCAAGGAGGCUCCAAUUCCACUUCAUUGCAAAGGUGUUCAGUGGGGUUAAGUGCAAAGCAGGGCUCUGAGCAUGAUAGUCGAGUUUUUAUUCCAACCUUAACAAACCUUAUCUUUGUAGAGCUUGCUUUGUGUACAAAGGCAUAGUCAUGCAGGAACAGGUUUGGCUCUUCUAGUUCCAGUGAAAGGAAAUGAUAAUGAUACAGCAUACAAAGACAUUUUAGACAAUCGUCUCCUUCUAACGGUGUUGAAACCACAGACUGGUGUUUGACGUUCUGUGUACACAAAUGAAAAAAGACUUCUCAGACUUUUACAUCUCAGACAUUACAUCAGAGGAACAAUUUCUCUUGCAACAAAUACUGACAAAUGUCAAACUCUGAUGAAUUUCCUGACAACCUCCAUAUGACUGAUUUCAAUCUUGAGAUCACAAGAGUCCAGGAUCAAAUAAAAAAAACUGGUUUGUUUAUUUCUU